GAACCGAGUCGCUGCGCUAGCUCGCGGUACACAGCUAAUUCGGUCGCUAGCAGGCUAGCGAAGUCGAUUUUCGGCACAACUGUUGAAAUUAUAGAUUUUGGAAGAUAAAAAGGCGCUUUAUUAUUUGGGUGCACCCACCUACACGCAAUGUAUUUGUAAACAAAGUGUUUGCUGCUUAUGCAAUACGGUACUGGAACUCCCGAGGCAAGAUGGAGGACGCAAGGACGUGAUGUUUUUUUAGGUCACAUGCAACCUCCCCUGUCUCCUUUUCUGCGAAGAAUCUCAAGUCAGUUGUAAAGUUGACGUUGACCAGAAGAUGUUACAGAAAUGAUAGCAGCACCAGAAAUACCACCAGAGUUCGCCUACCCUCAGGACACAGAUACCAGAUUCUCCUCAGACACAGACUUCUCUGAGGAUCCUGAUGGAAGAAGUGGCAUUCCAGCUAAAGGAAAGGGUGGGAAGAAGGGGAAGAAGGCGGCGGGGGAGAAGGGUAAAGGCGGGAAGGGCGCGGGCCGCAUAAAUGGCCACCAUCAGGAGAACGGCAUGGAAAACAUGAUGCUGUUCGAGGUUGUGAGGGUGGGCAGGAGCGCAAUGCAGUCUGUGGUCGACGAGUGGAUCGAGUCCUACAAACACGACAGAGACAUCGCACUGCUAGAGCUCAUCAACUUCUUCAUCCAGUGCUCAGGAUGUAAAGGCGUGGUGACCGGGGAAAUGUUUCGCAAUAUGCAGAACUCUGAGAUCAUUCGACGAAUGACGGAGGAAUUUGACGAGGACAGCGGCGACUACCCCCUGACCAUAGCCGGGCCGCAGUGGAAGAAGUUCAAAACAAGCUUCUGUGAAUUCAUUUCCGUACUAGUCCGCCAGUGUCAGUACAGCAUCAUCUACGACGAGUACAUGAUGGACACGGUCAUCUCCCUCCUCACUGGACUAUCAGAUUCCCAAGUCCGAGCCUUCAGACACACCUCAACGCUGGCAGCCAUGAAGCUGAUGACAGCCCUGGUGAAUGUAGCUCUAAACCUGAGCAUUAAUAUGGACAACACCCAGCGCCAGUAUGAAGCAGAGAGGAAUAAAGUAGUUGCUAAAAGAGCGAACGACAGGCUGGAGCUUCUCCUCCAAAAGCGCAAAGAGCUCCAAGAAAAUCAGGACGAGAUCGAGAACAUGAUGAACGCGAUUUUCAAGGGAGUGUUUGUUCAUCGAUAUCGAGACUCGAUAGCAGAAAUCCGGGCCAUCUGCAUAGAGGAGAUCGGCGUGUGGAUGAAGCUGUACAGCGAUGCCUUCCUCAACGACAGCUAUCUGAAGUACGUGGGAUGGACGAUGCACGACAAGCAAGGAGAGGUACGCCUGAAGUGUCUGACGGCUCUGCAGGGCCUCUACCACAACAGGGAGCUCAACGCCAGGCUGGAGCUCUUCACCAGUCGCUUUAAGGACCGAAUCGUCUCCAUGACUCUGGACAAGGAGUACGACGUCGCAGUGCAAGCAAUUAAACUGCUCACUCUAGUCUUAAAUAGCACAGACGAGGUGCUGACGCCGGAGGACUGCGAGAGCGUCUAUCACCUGGUCUACUCGGCACACAGGCCGGUCGCCAUCGCAGCCGGGGAGUUCCUCUACAAGAAGUUGUUCAGCCAGCGGGAACCAGAGGAGGAGGGCGCCCCCAAAAGAAGAGGCAGGCAAAGUCCCAACGCCAACCUCAUCAAGACCACCGUCUUUUUCUUCCUCGAGAGCGAGCUCCAUGAGCACGCGGCGUACCUGGUGGACUCCCUCUGGGAAUGUGGUGCAGAGCUACUGAAGGACUGGGAGUGUAUGAUCAGCUUACUGCUGGACGACCCCAUGCCAGGAGAGGAAGCUCUUACAGACAGACAAGAGACGGCUCUGAUCGAAAUCAUGCUGUGCACUGUGCGUCAGGCUGCUGAAUGCCAUCCACCGGUCGGAAGAGGAACAGGCAAGAGGGUGAUGACGGCGAAGGAGAAGAAGACCCAGCUGGAUGAUCGAACGCGGAUAACCGAGCUGUUCGCUGUGGCUUUGCCGCCUCUGCUGGCCAAGUACGCCGUCGAUGCCGAGAAGGUGACCAACUUGUUACAGCUGCCUCAGUACUUCGACCUGGAGAUUUACACCACAGGACGUCUGGAGAAGCACCUGGAGGCCCUGCUGCGGCAGAUCAAGGAGAUAGUGGAGAAGCACACAGACACUGAAGUUUUGGAGUCCUGCUCCAAGACGUACCACGCCCUCUGCAACGAGGAGUUCACGAUCUUCAACAGGGUGGAUAUCGCUCGCUCGCAGCUCCUGGAUGAGCUGGUGGACAAGUUCAGCCGGCUACUGGAGGACUUUCUACAAGAGGGCGAAGACGCCGAUGAAGACGACGCUUAUCAGGUUCUGUCGACUCUGAAGAGGAUCACAGCGUUUCACAAUGCACACGACCUGUCGGGGUGGGACCUCUUUACGAGCAACUUCAAGCUACUCAACACGGGUAUAGAGAACGGAGACAUGCCAGAGCAGAUAGUCAUCCAUUCGCUGCAGUGCACCCACUACGUCAUCCUGUGGCAGCUGGCCAAGCUGUCCGAGGGCAGCUCCAGAAAGGACGACAUGGUGAACCUGAGGAAGCAGAUGAGGGCUUUCUGCAUGAUGUGCCAGCGCUACCUCACCAACGUCAACACGGCCGUCAAGGAACAGGCGUUCACCAUCCUGUGCGACCUCCUGCUCAUCUUCAGCCAUCAGAUGGUGUCGGGAGGCAGGGAACACUUGGAGCCUUUGGUGUAUUCGCCGGAGGACUCCUUACAGUCCGAGCUGCUGUCCUUCAUCCUGAACCACGUCUUCAUCGAUCAGGACGACGACACCAACAGCACCGACGGCCAGCAGGACGACGAGGCGGUGAAGAUCGAAGCCCUGCACAAGAGGAGAAACCUCCUGGCGGCCUACUGUAAGCUCAUCAUCUACUGCGUGGUGGAGAUGAGGACCGGAGCGGACAUCUUCAAGCAGUACAUGAGGUAUUACAACGACUACGGCGACAUCAUCAAGGAGACCAUGAGCAAGACCCGGCAGAUCGACAAGAUCCAGUGUGCCAAGACGCUGAUCCUCAGUCUGCAGCAGCUGUUCAACGAGAUGCUGUCGGAGCUGGGUCACGGGUUCGACCGCUCCUCCUCCGCCUUCUGCGGGAUCAAAGAGCUGGCCCGCCGCUUUUCUCUGACCUUCGGCCUCGACCAGGUCAAGACCAGGGACGCCAUCGCCAUGCUGCACAAGGACGGCAUUGAGUUUGCGUUUAAGGAGCCCAGUCCUCAGGGCGAGGGAGGCCCUCCCCUAAACCUGGCUUUCCUGGACAUCCUCAGCGAGUUCUCCUCCAAGCUCAUGAGACAAGACAAGAGGACUGUCCACAUGUACCUGGAGCGCUUCAUGACCUUCCAGAUGGCCCUGCAGCGCGAGGACUGCUGGCUGCCGCUCAUCUCCUACAGGAACUCGCUGCAGGCGGGCGGCGACGACGACACCAUGUCGGUGAUGAGCGGCUACUCCAGCCGAGGCUCCUCGGUGCGCUCCAAGAAGUCCAAGCCCCCCGCGGCCACCGCCGGGACGUCGGCGGUGAAGAGGAAGCUGCCGGAAGAGGAGAGCAGCAGCGGCGACGUUUGGCAGCACAGCAUUCAGACCCCCGUCAUGAUGCCUUCCCCUCAUCUCACCUCCACCGCCAUGCGGGACCCCAAGCGGGGACGCGACGACAGCUACCUGGGGGUCUACGCUCUUCCUCACGAGCAGCAGCCGCCCCCCCACCCGCUUCCGCACCAACAGCAUCACCCACAGACGCCUCAGCACCACCAGACGCCCAUGGAUUACAAUUCCCAGGUGACGUGGAUGCUGGCUCAGAGACAGCAGGAAGAGGCGCGCCAGCAGCAGGAAAGAGCCAUGAACUACGUCAAGCUCAGGACCAAUCUGCAGCACGCCAUUCGUCGCGGCACCGGGCUUAUGGAGGAGGACGAGGAGCCGAUCGUGGAGGACGUGAUGAUGUCAUCGGAGGGCCGGAUGGACGACCUCAAUGAAGGCAUGGACUUUGACACCAUGGACAUUGAUCUGCCGCCCUCCAAGAACCGCCGCGAGAGAUCUGAGCUCAAGCCGGACUACUUUGACCCUGCGUCUAUCAUGGAUGAAUCGGUCCUCGGGGUGUCCAUGUUUUAAGCUAAACUCCAGAGGAUUGGGACGCCGGGAUGGCCGAAGAGGCGCUUUGUAUUUAAAGAGAAUUAUUAGAUGCGAAAACAGAAGUGUUUUCUGUAAGAAAAAGCAAAAAAUAAAACUGAAAAAAAAAAAAAAAAAAAAUAGCUACAAAUAAAACCCCACAUUCUGGCUUGUACUCCACGUGGACCAAUGACAACCCACACUCAGUGUUGCUUGCUCAGAGAGGACUCUGUUUCAGAAACUUUACUUUUCUAACCUUGGGUGAGCUCUUCCUGUUCCGAGCUAGCGCAAAAAAAAAAAAAACAGGCCACUUCCGAAACGUACUAGAAGCAAGACGCGUCUGAAGAAAAAAACGAUAGCUUUUCUUCUUCUUCUUCCUUCCUUCCUUUUUUUUUUCUUUUUUUUUUCUUUUUUUUUUUUUUUAAAGCAACAUGGGGAAUGAAUUGGUGUGUUUUUAACUUAAGAAACCUUUUUUUUUCUUUUUUUUUAUGUCUAACCCUUUUUACAAUUGUAGUAAGUUACCAGGUGUGAAGUAGUAAUUUAUAAACAGACUGUAGUAGCUUGCUUGUACUGUGUUAGCCAAGUGGAUGGAGGUCCUUCUUUUUUGUGCUCCCCCUCCUGUUAUUUUGUUUUUUUGUUUAUAAGUUUCCUCUAUCUCUUCAUUUUUUUUUUUUCUUCCCUGUUGUUGGGUCUGAGUUGAGGUCCUGAUAACCACUGGUGGUUAAGAUGUUGAGAUGUUACCUAGAAUCAGUCCAGAUCCCUUUUUUUUUUUUAUGCUGUGAAGAGUCCCCAGUAAUCAAUCCCAAAGUUUGGAUCACUCCUUAGGAGACGACAAAUCUGAGAUUUAAGGUUUAUUCAAGUAGCGUCGCCGUGGAAGAUCUCUCAAAAGGAACUCCCUCCCUCCCGCUUUGUUUUUCUUACCUAAAUUCCAACAGCAUAAUGUUAAAAUGGGUUUCUCCACAUUUUAAAUAAAAGUUAUAUAUGAAUCGGUGCUGAUUUUAUAUAUGUGCUUUUUGUUAAUUUUUUUCUUUCUUUCCCUUUUUCAAUCUUAAGGCCGAAAAGUUUGAGAAACGUACAACUAAAACAAAAACGACAAAAAAAAAAAAACAGGGGAAAAAAAUGAGCGCAUGUGCAGCCAUGCAUCAAGGAAGAUUUUUAAAUUUGUAUUUUUAAGUUCCUAUUUUAUUUUAUUUUUUUCCUUCUUCUUCUUCUUCUUCUCCGUCUUGAUACCGUCUUUUGAAUUUCUACCUUUUUUCCUACGUGUAAAUUAGUUUGGAUAUAACUAAUGAAAAAGAACUUGUGAAAUUGAGCUUUAAGGUUUUUUCUCAGCAUUGAAAAGUCCUGUCACGAAUAUAAAGACAAAAAAAAAAACAGAACCUAAAAUAAGUGAUUGCUUUUAGAUUUCAAACGUUUCAACCUAUAAGGUAGUCACUGAAACUCCGACGUUUAUUCAGCAGCGCUGUGGCAGCUAGACAAAAAAGCUUAGAUUUUGACAAGAUGUUUGUCACACGAGUUUUACUGAACAUGUUUUUUUUUUUUUUUUUUUUUGUCUACUGAGGUCUUUUCUUUUGUAGUCAUUCCAUGCUUAAGCCUUAAAAAACAUGCUCGUGGAGGUCACCCUCUCUCACAGUAAUCUUCCAUGUCCGAGGUGGAUAAUUGGCUCUUUAGAACAUGAAAUAUGAGGUGGUCAGAUGUAAUGUGAUAAAGUAGAUAAACAGCCUAUAUGUGUUCUGCCUAAUUAUUUUAUGUAAGUAAAAACAAACAAAAAAAAAAUCUUUUAAGGAAAAAAAAAAAAGUACUGUUUAUUGUUUGUUACUUACCACUACAUCGGUAUAAAUUCUUAUUAGAUCAUGUGUAUAUAUAAAAAAAAAAAAUCAUUUCUCUCCUUGCUUUUGAACAUUUCUGUUUUAUUCUCCUGCACUCUUGCCUACACUCUUGAGUUAUUGUCUACCCCCCCCCCCCCUUCAGUCACUCUGUUUUCUGAUUUGUACUUGUCUGGAGACAGUAACUUUUGAAUAAAAAUCAACACAUUUCUUCU